GCUGGAGGCACUGGGAUGUGGGGGCGGGAGGGGGAUGAAGGAGGAUACAACACACACUUGAGGCUACCAAGAGAGAUUAAUGAAGCUGCUAAAAUUACGAUGCCCAUCAAUGGACACAAUAUUCCACUUGAGGCCUUCUCACACAAGAUACGAUUUAUUCUGCUGUUCAGCCGACAAGGGAAAUUAAGACUUCAGAAGUGGUACAUAACGUUACCUGACAAAGAGCGGAAGAAGAUCACACGGGAAAUUGUUCAGAUUAUUCUGGCUCGCAAUCAAAAGAUGAGCAGUUUUGUUGACUGGAAAGACCUAAAGCUUGUUUACAAAAGGUAUGCUAGUUUGUAUUUUUGUUGUGCAAUAGAAGACCAGGAUAAUGAGCUUCUGACACUAGAAGUCGUUCAUCGUUAUGUAGAACUGCUGGACAGGUAUUUUGGCAAUGUAUGUGAACUGGAUAUUAUCUUUAAUUUUGAGAAGGCCUAUUUUAUUCUUGAUGAGUUUAUAAUGGGUGGAGAAAUACAAGAAACAUCAAAGAAAUCAGCAGUGAAAGCCAUAGAAGAUUCUGAUAUGUUACAAGAGACAAUGGAGGAAUAUAUGAGCAAGCCUGCAUUUUAACUUUCAAACCUCCUGGAGGAACAGAGAUGCUGCUUACUACCUGUGAAAUUCACUUAUUGAAAUUGCUUUUCUAUGUGCCAGAUCCUCUGAGAAAUACCAAAAACCAAUAACUAAAGGGAUUUGUAUAGUAGUCAAAAUGAAGGUCAGCUCCAGUAGUGUAUAUUAUUCUUUACAGGAGUUUUUUAAAACUGUUAUUACGUUUGUUCUAACCACUAUCCUCCUAGACUAAAUAUGAGUUUUAUACAAUGGCUUUUAGCUGUGAACUUUUUCAAUCUAAGAAAUUAUUUGCAAAAGAUAUUUAUACUAGUUUUGAUCUAUCACUGAUUGCAUCAAUAUACUUUUGUAACAGGAUAUUUUUUGAAUGUAAUGAUUGUUCAGGUCUAAUAAUAAUAAUUUUUCUUAAAAGCUGAGA